AUGGCCACUUUAGAACUCCCAUUACUUGCCAAGUUGUGGUUUCUCCUCACUGCACCUGUAGUUUUAAUUGAUGGCGUAUUUGUUCUUACCCGAUCCUCCUCGCCAAGUGUGCCGCACCCUUUAGCAGACACACCACCGUUCAACUGGUGGGUGCUGUACGCCACCUACGAUCGUCGCUACGCGCCAAACGACGAUGCGUUUGUGGUGGUGCAGAGCUGGAUGAAUAUGUUGGAGGUCGCCCUUGGCAUCCUUGCGUUGGUGCUGUCCCAUAGGGGAAGCGUCGUCGAAGGCCUUCAGUUGGCUCUUGUCGUAAGUGUAAUGACUCUGUACAAGACGGUGCUCUAUCUGGCGAUGGAGGUCGUCGAGGGAGGGAAGUACACAAAACACAACUCCACAUUUGACACGCUAAUGAUGACCGUCCUGCCCAGUUCAUUUUGGAUCAUCGUGCCAGCAAUGCUCAUCGUGCAGUGUGGCCGGCGUCUUUCCGGCGCUGUUCCAGGAAGCAAGGCGGCUCCGCAAAAAAGGAAGAAAAUUGGGUAG